ACUAGCCCUCUGCAGACGGCCGGUUCAUGUCUCAUGAACUUUUAUUCAUCCACGAAUGGAUACAAUAUCCUUGGUUUAAAGGCAGACUUAAGGUCAUGGCAGUCCCGUCAGUAUUAUAUUACAUUCAGAGCUCCUCUGUAGACAGUUGUCUUGUCUAGCCGAUUAAAAGGGUUUUGUUGGGACUUAACCUCGUGACAUAAACAAACUUUUUAGGCCUAGGGGGAGUUUCAACAACCCAUCCUCUGUCAUGGAAGAUGUAUUAUUUUGGGAUAAUGCGUAGCUGGAGAUAAGCCUACUGGUACCCGUUUUUAUCAACCCUCUGCACCAUGUUUUGAUUUACUGUCAGUUCUGUACAACAUGCAGCUUGGGAGGGUUUGUUUUGCUUUGUGACUGGCUGAUGAUCUAUAUACCCUGCACAAUUUAUUACUACAUUAUCGUGAUGGAGGAUAGUUUAAGUGUCAAAUCUAAUGAUUCUGCCACGACCAGUGAUGAAUAUGAGUUUGUGAACGGGACCGCUAGUGGCAAGGGUUCGGACAGUCAUUUGAUCAGCUGUGCUGUUGCUGGUGGAGGUUUACCUCAGACCAAACAUCAACAGCCCCUGUUAGACAUCUCAAACGGAAAUUUAGAUGAUCUAAAGAAGUGUUUAGGUGAGGUCUUGAGUGAAGAAAAUAGACCAGAAUUCCAAGAAGGAAAAAAUUGCUCCAGAAAAAAAAUGGAUGAUAACUCUGAAUCAGUAGCAGAAUCAUCUCAAGAAACAGAGACAUCGCUUUCCACACAUUCUGUGAAACAUGUGCCUGUGACUGCAACUGUAAAGAAAGUAGGCCAGAGCCAAUUUUAUUCUUCGAGUCCUGUAAUAACCACACCAUCAAACUCACCAAGUGAUGAUGAGGAAGAGGCUGUUCCAGAUGUAAUGCAAAAUGGGACAAUAUUUUCUGGCAUUGUCUCUUUAGGUAAAGCAAACAUCAAUGCGCCUCGUUCAGAACAAGAAAUUCUUCGGAACAUGAGAAUCCUUAACAGAGAACAGGGCACAGCAGUGAUUAAAGUCUCCUUAUCUGUACCCAAUACUUCUGAUGGCUAUGUGCAGCUACAUGAUGCUACUGGGCGCUUCAUAGCAAAAUAUGAGGUCACCCUCAUCACCUAUUUUACCCAUGGCUCAGCAGGAACUCCAGAGGAAGCCUGUUUUGCUUUCACUUGCCCUUUGGGUCCUCGUGAAACGUCAGAAUCCACCAUAUUUCAGUGUCAUGUUUUUCGUUGUGAUAUUCCUGAAGCUGUUGGCCAGGUAUCGAAGGGUUUUGCAAGAGCUUUCAAUCCCCAUGUUCCUCGCUCUAUGACAAGCUCAGUCACUGGUGAUCUAGGUUCCAACACAUCAGAACGAAACAGUAAUGUGUACGUUUUCGAAGUCAGCCUUGAAAUUAAAGAAGAAGAUAAUAGGGGAGGUUAUAGCACAGUUCCCAAAGACCGUACUUGUUUUAAACUACGAACUAAUCUAUCCAAACAGUUGCAUCUCAGCGUGCAGCAAGUUUCAGAUAAUGAAUUUGAUCUACGAAUUGAAAAAUGUUUUGGUGUUUUGGUCAGUCCAGGAAGACGAGUGAAACAUAGUGAUAUGCAGUUGCUGGAAAUGCAGGUUUCAAUGGGUUCUGGCAGUGGAGAUCGACAGUGUUGCUAUAUAUCAGGCCAGCUAGAUCCUGCUGACCCUGCAUUUGAACUGCUGAAUCAAGAAACACCUAGAGAUCAGAAUUGUACCUACAUGACAGUUGCAGUGGAUCUUGUUAUUAAUGGAAUUCAGGAACCUGUUCGUUUUCUCAUUGAAACUCCUAUUAAAGUUUUCCCAUUAACUGAACGGUUCUGGCAAUUCACUCGUAGACCUCUGCUGCAACAAUUUAUGCUCACACUGAAAGAGGUACCAAGAGUUGAUUCGAAUGAUGUGGACUUCGAGUUGGUAUCUAUUAGGACAACUGGUGAACUGGAGCGUAACCGACGCAACUUGACGUUAAAUCUUUCUGGUCUGAUUCGUUCUUCGGAUGUAGAUUUAGAGUCAAUGACGCCCAAAGAUGACCUUUCUGAUGGUGACGAGGCCCUUCUCAGUGGCACAGGUGACGUGUCCAAGGAUUGUACAGAGGGAGAACUUGACUCAUGGAAUUUAGUGCUUCAGCAAUGGCAGAGUACUCAGAAACGACCUAAGCAGCUUGCGACAUUAGUUAAACAGAGUAUACCUGAAGCUCUGCGCGGUGAAGUAUGGCAACGAUUAGCUGGUUGUGAAAAUGAUAAUGCCAUGAUGGACCAAUAUCGCACGCUAAUCACUCAAGACUGUGUCUGUGAGAAUGUUAUCAUGCGUGAUAUCAACCGAACUUUCCCUGCUCAUGAUUUUUUCAAAGAAGCUGGAGGGCUUGGUCAAGACUCUUUGUAUCGUAUCUCUAAAGCAUAUGCUGUGUAUGAUAAAGAAGUUGGGUAUUGUCAGGGAUUAAGUUUCUUAGCUGCAAGUUUGUUACUUCAUAUGCCAGAGGAACAAGCUUUCUGUGUUCUUGUGAAGCUUAUGUAUGAUUAUGGCUUGCGAGAUAUGUAUAAGGAUGGUUUUGAGAAUCUCUACUUGAGACUUUAUCAACUUAACAAACUGAUGGAGGAACAUCUACCUCAACUUUGGCGACACUUCUCUGAUAUGAGUGUGGAGUCCCACAUGUUUGCUUCCCAGUGGUUUCUCACCCUUUUCACAGCUCGUUUUCCUCUUAACUUUGUUUUUCAUAUUUUGGAUGUGUUUCUUCUCCAAGGAACUGAGACACUUUUCCAAGUUGCUAUUGCUCUCCUCAAAUUAUGCAAAAAGGAUUUACUGCAACUGGAUUUUGAGAACAUUAUGAGGUAUUUCAGGGUGCAAAUGCCUAAGCGCUGCCGCACUAAAGAGGUUUCUCAGCAAAUUAUGCGCUUGGCCUGUGGCAUCAAAGUAAAAAAAUUGAAGAAAUAUGAACAGGAUUUUAUUGCACUUAAAGAGGAACAAGACAAUGCUGACCAAUGUGCUACUGAAGUGGAGCAGUUAAAACAAGUCCUCAUUCGCACUGAAGAAGAGAAAAAGCAACUCCUUCAAGAAUCAAUAAAAGUGAAAGAAAUGUUGAAGCGAGAAAUAGCAAAAGCUGAAAAUGAAAGCUCCAGAAGUGCUACCAUCAUUUCUGAGUACAAGCAGAUCUGUCAGAGAAUGGACAUGGAACAAGCAACUGCAAAGGCAGCACUCUGUAAAUUAAGAAACCAGGUUGCUGAAUGUGAACAUUGUUCGGCUUUAACUGCAGCUGUUAGUGCUGACAUUGGCAUCUCUAACUCAGCUGAGGAUCUUAUUGAGGCUAGUAAUGGGUCUGGAGAUGAAAAUCUAGGACGUGCUCAAGAACGUAUCCGUGAGCUGGAGCUGGAACUGGCAAAGACAAAACUGGCUCAUGUUGAAGCGGAGUGCACAAAUCAGGACCUGACUCACCAGCUUCAUGCUGCACUCAUAGAACUUCAGACCACACGAAACUCCUGGCCACCAUGGCUCUCUAAAACCUUAUCAUCAAUCAAGGAGGCAGCAUCUGGGCUUCCUUCAGGUGGGUCCGCCAUGACACUUCCCCGUCGUGAGUCCGCCCCCUCGUCUCGAUCACGACCCAACAGCAAGCUACGCACCAGCUCGAGUGUGGAGUGGUUUAUACAUGAGCCAAUAACUCCAAGUUUGGCAUCCCCACCUGCCUCAAUUAGUGGAUCUGUGUCAACUAAUGCUGUCAAUGUUGAACCUCCUGUGAAAAAUCCAUCAUCUCCAUCAGAGUAAUGUGAGUGUUGCACUAAAACCAAUCUGAGUUUAUUAACACUAAUCAAACUGGAAGUGGAACUCUGAUUUGUUAUUUGUGAGCGAUAUUUGUUAACCUUAUGACUUGGACAAAAAGAAAAUUGCAAAAUUCUGUACUUCUAAUUUUUCUCUUUUCAUUCAAGCGUUCAUGAAAUACUGAAUGCUUGUUAUGUGAAAGUGUUGCUGUGUCCGUCCACUUCCAGAACUUGGCUUUUCAAUGUAAAAGUAGUGUGUCUGUGUUGUUUUCUUACAUUGUUUGCCUCCUUUAGUUUUGGUAGAAAGGAUAGAGUGUCCCUUUAAAAUAAUCUCAUUGGCUUUUUGGGACUGUGCCAUGUGCUCUUUUUUUUUUUUUUUUUUUUAAAUGUAUUCUAGUUCUUUUUAAUU